AUGCUGCUCUCCGGCGUCGCCAUCGCUUCGGUUUACGGGGUCAUCAGCGUGUUGGGUCUGAUCGGCAACAUCACCCUCAUCAAGACCUUCUGCUCGGCCAAGUCCACUCGCAAUGUGCCCAACCUGUUCAUGUCCAGCCUGGCGCUGGGGGACGUGCUGCUGCUGGUGACCUGCGCCCCGGUGGACGCCAGCCGCUACCUGUCCGAGGAGUGGCUGUUCGGCAGGGUGGGCUGUAAAGUCAUCCCCUUCAUCCAGCUCACCUCGGUCGGGGUGUCGGUGUUCACUCUCACUGCUCUCUCUGCUGACAGGUACAAGGCCAUAGUGAAGCCGUUGGACAUCCAAACAUCAUCCACCACGAGCAGCAUUGUCCUGAGGGCAGCUCUCAUCUGGCUCUUCUCCCUGGUCCUUGCGAUCCCCGAGGCCGUCUUCUCUGACCUCCACACUUUCAACCUCACCUCCUCCAAUGAAAGCUUCAAAACCUGCGCGCCUUACCCCCACGCUGGGGACCUGCACCCUAAGAUCCACUCCAUGGCCUCCUUCCUUAUUUUUUACGUCAUUCCCCUGCUGAUCAUCUCUGUGUACUACACCUUCAUUGCCCGGAGCCUGAUAAGGAGCGCCUCAAACCUGCCUGUAGAGGGCAACGUGCACGCAAAACGACAGGUUGAAUCAAGAAAGCGUUUGGCGAAGACAGUGCUGGUGUUUGUUGGCCUCUUUGCUGUUUGCUGGCUUCCCAGUCACAUCAUCUACUUGUACCGCUCCUACCACUACUCCCAGGUGGACACCUCGCUGGUUCACUUUGUUUGCAGUGUCACAGCUCGUAUCCUGGCUUUCACCAACUCCUGCCUCAACCCGUUCGCCCUCUACCUGCUGAGCAAGACCUUCAAGAAGCAGUUCCAGCAACAACUGUGCUGCUGCUGUCGUAUGAUCCUCACACACUCCUCACAGAGCCCGACACAUUACAACACACGUGUGACCUCCAUCCGCAGCACACACUACUCUGUGGCAAGUCUGAGCCUCAUCAACGGCAGACAGAUCUUUCAGGAGGACUGUGUGUGA